GUGCUGGGGGGGGCAGCAGGGUGCUGGGGGGCGGCGGAGCCCGCGCCCCCCCCGUCGCGGCGGCGAUGACUCCCCUGCCCGGCUGCAACGGCAGCGCCGGGGGGGCGGCGGCGCUGGGGGGCGGCGGGGUCGCCAGCCUGAGCCGGCAGUGGGUGCUGGGGGCCGCCCUGAGCCUCACCGUGCUGGUCAUCGUGGCCGGCAACUUGCUGGUGAUCGCGGCCAUCGCCAAGACGCCGCGGCUGCAGACCAUGACCAACGUGUUCAUCACCUCGCUGGCUUGCGCCGAUCUCAUCAUGGGCUUGCUGGUGGUGCCGCCGGGGGCAACCAUCGUGCUGAGCGGCCACUGGCCCUACGGCGCCACGGCGUGCGAGCUGUGGACCUCGCUGGACGUGCUGUGCGCCACGGCCAGCAUCGAGACGCUGUGCGCCAUCGCCGUGGAUCGCUACAUCGCCGUCACGUCGCCGCUGCAGUACGAGGCGCUGGUGACCAAGGGCAGGGCGCGGGCCGUGGUGUGCCUGGUGUGGGCCAUCUCUGCCUUCAUCUCCUUCCUGCCCAUCAUGAACCACUGGUGGCGGGACGGGGCGGACGAGCGGGCGCUGCGCUGCUACGACGACCCGCGCUGCUGCGACUUCGUCACCAACGUGUCCUACGCCAUCGUCUCCUCCACCGUCUCCUUCUACGUGCCCCUGCUCGUCAUGAUCUUCGUCUACGCCCGCGUCUUCGCCGUGGCCACGAGGCACGUGCGGCUCAUCGGCAAGGACAAGGUGAGGUUCCUGCAGGAGCCCCCCGGGCCCGGCUCCAGGAGCAGCCGGCGCAGGCGGCCGUCCCGUCUGCUGGCCAUCAAAGAGCACAAGGCGCUCAAGACCCUGGGCAUCAUCAUGGGCAUCUUCACCCUCUGCUGGCUGCCCUUCUUCGUGGCCAACAUCAUCAAGGUCUUCUGCCGGCCGCUGGUGCCAGAUCAGCUCUUCCUCUUCCUCAACUGGCUGGGCUACAUCAACUCAGCCUUCAACCCCAUCAUCUACUGCCGCAGCCCCGACUUCAGGAGCGCGUUCCGCAAGCUGCUGUGCUGCCCGCGCCGCGCCGACCGCCGGCUCCACGCCGUCUCGCAGGACCUGCGGCGCUGCCCCUGCGCCUUCAGCCCCCGCGGGAUCCCCUCGCGGGACAGCAAGGCAGCGGCCCCCAGGCACCCCGGCGAGGACGCCGAGGCUCGGGGCAGCCCCUGCCGCAUGGAGGAGACGAGCCUGUCCCAGGGCAGCGCCCACCGGCAGUGGCCCCUGGGCGAGUCCCAGCUGCAGGGCGCCCAGCCCACGCUGUGCUCGCAGCUUGACGAGUUUGCCGGCAGAGAGACGCCAGCCGGUCCUUCCGUCUGACGGAGAGCAGCCGAGAGCUGGGGAGAGCGACGGGGUGUUGCGAAGGGGCUGGAGGAGCAGCGCUGGGGCUGACGGCGCUGGAAGGACCCUCCGGAGCCCGCGGUGACCCGGAGAGGAGAGGAGCUGUCCUCGGGAGCGCUCACGGUCACAGCAGGGCGCAAAGAGUCGGCUCCUCUGGGCCGUUGGUGCUGAAGAGCUGGAAAAAGCUCCCGAGCUGCUGGCCAAGAGGCUGAGCAGCCUCGGGGAUGUGCCAGUGCCUGGGGGAUGAGCUCCCACCCGGGCACGGCUGCUGGCACGGCUGGCAGCAGAACGUGGGUGCUGGUGGCUCUGCUCUUUUGAAGGAUGCCAUCGUCCCAGGCUCGGCUGGGUAUCAGACAGCCCAUCAGGAAGGGGAGAGGAAGCUCCUGCAGGCACUGAGCCCUUUCCAGGAUCUCCAUGCUGUUCCCAGCAAAGGAAGAGCACAGGGGAGCAAGGGAGCCCUGAGCACGGGGGACUGGGCUAAAGCAGUGAACCACGCUCUUCUCAAAUCUCCUCCUGUUUCUGCCCGUGUCUGGGGCAGGUGUCCAUGCCUCCGUGCCGUUUGGGGAUGGGAGUGGGGGUGGAUGAAGCUGGAGGAGCAGCAGCAGCAGGGCUGGCUGGGGAGCGCAUUCUAGGAGGGUGGUUUUCACCCUGAAGCCCCUGCACGCUGGCCUGGGGUACGUGGGGUGAGGGCAGGGAGGUUAAACUCUUGCUUGGAACCUCUUUGUGCGUGGUGGGAGGCAGCAGCAGGGCUGGUCCUGGGGUGCUUGUAUCCAGGGCUGUGCCCACACCACGCUGUGACUUGGGGGAUAAGGUUUGCUGUACAGGUGUCACGGUGGCUGUAAGGCUUUUGUCCUGGUUUUUUACCCUUUGCGUAAAAUAAACCUUUGAAACUCUG